UCUUCCGUUUGAGCCCGAUAUCUACGUAAUCGUACUACGAGAGAUUGUCUUCCUCGUCCGCGUUCGCGUUAAAUAACCAUCGACGACGACGACGACGACGCGAGACUUUAUUAAUAUCACGAUAGUCGUCAGAAAUUGAGUUCUAAUAGAGUCGAAAGAAAGAAAAAAAAGAAGAAAAAAAAGAAAAGAGAAGGACGAGUAUAUCUCUCUCGUUCUCGGACAAAUUUUAUCGAGCACACUCAGGGGAAAGUAGCUUCGCAAGCGAGUGCUUCGAUCGGACCUAAAAUUCGCGAAUCUCUAGCUUUGCACGGUACGCGUGAUGGUAGAACACGCUAAUUUCGACGUAGUUAGACACGCAACGAGAAGUUGCCGAGCGAACCAGAAAGAGUUGCUAGGCCGUUAUAUCUCGGUGAAGGAAGAAAAAAAAGAAAAAAAAGGAAAAACGCUCUCGUCCCUCUCUUUUCGCUUUUAUCGAAGAAUAAUGAAAAGUAGGUAGAGAGCAAUAAGGCGUUACGACCAACAACAAGGUUGCUCAAUGUCGUUGCACCGUUCCUUACAUUUUAUGAGAUACUUUUAUUAUACUUAACCAAAAUAAUAUUUUACGUCGUUAUAGCAUUCGUAUACCCGAUGUUAAACCUCCCCACGUCUAAAUAACUACCUUGUUUCGCGCUGCGGCAAUUUAAUAAACUAUCGUGCAAUCCGUAUCGCGUUAUGAUCGUACAGCUUUUCGAUCGUAUUUAUUAAGUAGGUUAAAGUUAAUUGCCGUGACAGGGAAUGAAGUAACUCGCCUUUUGACUCGAGCUCGAAAAUUGGCAUUUCUCGCGUUGGAAUUCGAUUAAGAGGUUUAGACAAGUUUCUGCAAGUUCGCACGCAAUUUACCUUUCUACCUACGUACCUACCUACCUACCUACCUAUCUAUCUAGCUAGCUGGUUCCUUGCAUUUUUUCUCCGCUCUUUUUUUCCCUUUCUACGAAGGCCUUUAACGAGGCAAGGUUAAGCGAAAGCCCAUUGUCCAAGCUGGAGCCGUUCUCUCUGUAGCGUUAUCGACAUAGCGAAUUUUCAUCGGCAAAAUUAAAUCACCGACGAACAUUAAAUAUCUACGUAAUUGGAACGUUUAAAUUGGAGGAAAGGUUUUUGUUGAAGAGGAAAGAAGAAGACAAGAGAAAAAGAACAAAAAACACAGAAAUAGAAAGAAGCGUCGUUAGGUGAAACUCGAUCAAGUCAACUCGAUUCAUCCUCCGCUCGGCAUUGACACGGAUGCCCGACGACGAACGGUAUUUCUUCGAGAGAAAGUCCAGUGGAACGGGUUACGGAGAUAAGGAGGAGGAUGCCAGAGGAAAGCCGGUUAAGUGCGGGGAAAAAUAAAGAAGGAAAGAGAGAAAGAGGAGACGCUUUUUAUUCGAAACGGUAACUCAUUUUAUCUCGUACCAUCGAGUCGUCAAAAUGAGAGGCUCUUUCAACGUUGGCACGAGGAUGAGGACGAUUAGACGCGUGCGACGUAUCGGCUACGUACCGACUUCGUGUUAAUAGCUAAUCCUCCAAAUGAAUAUCACCGGCGUACCACCGAUCGACAAAAUGGCCAACAUCUAUGACAAUUCGUUGGUCCGAUUCUGGCACUUUAUUUUUCACGAUCUCUCGGAUCCCCGAACACGGAAUUGGUUCCUCGUGUCUUCACCGGUGCCAGGCGUCAGUAUCCUUAUCGGUUAUCACUACUUCAUCCAUUCCUGGGGUCCUAAGUACAUGGAACAUAGGAAACCGUUCCAAAUGAAGAACAUUCUAGUCAUGUAUAAUCUCAUACAGGUCUUACUCAGCACUUGGAUCUUUAUCGAAGGACUCAACUCUGCCUGGUUAACGAAAUAUAGCUUCAAAUGCGAGCCCGUAGAUUUUUCGGAAUCACCGGAUGCCCUCAGAAUCGCACGAACCGUUCACAUUUAUUUUCUCGCUAAACUGACGGAGCUUCUCGACACGGUCUUUUUCGUUUUACGAAAAAAGGAGAAGCAAGUUACGUUCCUCCACGUCUAUCAUCACACCGUGAUGCCUAUGGUCGCCUGGGGUGCAACGAAAUAUUAUCCUGGAGGUCAUGGUACUUUCAUAGGUCUCAUCAAUAGCUUCGUCCACAUCGUGAUGUACACGUAUUAUUUGCUAGCCGCAUUAUUGCCUCAAUAUCAAAAGUAUUUAUGGUGGAAGAAGUACAUAACGACGUUGCAAAUGGGACAAUUCUGCUUGGCGUUCUUGCACAAUUCCCAGUUACUCCUAUACGACUGCGGUUACCCAAGGUGGUCCGUCAUUUUAACCCUUCCAAAUGCAAUAUUCUUCUAUUUCCUUUUCUCGGACUUUUACAAGAUGGCCUAUGAGUCCGAUCGAAAGAAGAGAAGUGUGACGACGGUGAACGGUAAGAUCGAGUCCAACGGUACAGCGAGAAAAAGGAAUUGCAACGAUUUCGAAGAUACGUCGAACGUUUCUUCCAUUAGGAAGAUAAAAGGAAAGGAGAAUUAAUAAUUCGUCGGAUAUUUCUUACGAUAUUUCUUACGUUGUAGGGUAUUACAAUGAUAUUUCAUAAAAUAGAAAAAAGGAAAAAAAACAAAUGGCAAGAAGAAAAAAAAGAAAGAAAAAACAGCCGAGGGAAAAAGGAAGCUCAUUUCUUCGUGCCAAAUCGAAUUUCUUCGAAUCGAAAUGCAUUCAUUAAGGAUUAUUCACUUUUACGCGCCCGAUCGUUUUCGAAUCGAUACGAACGAUUAAUAAACGAGAGACAAACGUUCUGCUCGGUUGACGUUAACGGCCCAUUAACCUUUCAUGAUCGCGAAGAGAGAUUCCUUGUUACGAAAAAGAAUUUUUCCAACUUUACUCCAAGUAUAUGCAGACGAUAUAUGUAUAUACAUAUAUAUAUAUACGUGUAUAUAUAUAUAUAUAUAUAUAUACACAUCUCCUUCGAUACAAUGUUAUCGACGGCUGCCAGAGAGGGAGAGAGAAAACGAUCGAGAGUAGGAAUAGAUCGGCAAUUGAUAUUUCUAAAAGCGUGUGCGAUCGCGUAUCACACGUUAUAGAUUAAAGUUUUCUCAUGUGCCAUAACAAUCAAUGUUAACGAAUCGUCGAAGUUCUCUUUCCAUCGUUCUCUCUUGCAUCUCGUUUCUUUUGCAUCGCGAAACGCGCUUCGUUCAAACUUUAGACUUUAUACUCAACGAUAUAAGGAACGCGUUAGAGAUCCAAUCAUAGGCACCUUAUAUCGAUAUUAACGAAGCUCCGAAAUUAAUAUCUAUGUGCGAGAAAAUAAACACGACUUUUGCUGAUAGAAACUUUCCCCGUCUCGCCUUCUUACGUCACAUCCGUUUUUUUCUUCCUUUUCAUUUCUUUUCUUACUACGACGUAACGUAGACGUUUAUCUAUUUUUAUCUGUGCUCUUACCAACUUUCCUUUUAAAAAAAUAAAACAAGAAAAUCAGUUUUCACGCAAUAAGAACAUUCCUUCCAUUUCCGUUUCCCAGGAUUUUCGCCUUUCGGUCCUUUCAGUUUUCGUCGAGGAAAAAAGGAUCGAGUCAGUCGUCCAAGUUCAUACAAGUCCAAAUCGCGCACGAAUUUGAAAUUUAUUCUUAUAUCUGACUUUGAUAAUAAGAAUAAUAGAAUAAUAAUAAUAAUAGCAGCGAAAGCAAUAAUGAUAAUAAUAAUAGUAGUAGCAGUAGUAGUAGUAGUAGUAGUAGUAAUAAUAAUAAUCAACUCCAAUGGGUAUAUUAUACUUUAUAUUCUAUUAUUAGUAUAUUUAAAAAUCACAGUCUUAGUUGAAGAAUUGACAACAGAAAAUACUAUCUUGUAAACCUAUCCGCAUAGUAAUAUUCAUAAUGUACAUUACAAAUGAUUCUCUCCUUUCUUAUGACGACAUCCAGACGCAUCCUCGCAUAUAUGUAUUUAUACAGCUAUAUAAAUAUACAUGUACAUAUACAUGUGUGUGCGUGCGUGCGUGCGUGCGUGCGUGCACGUGUGUGUGUGUGUGUGUGUGUGUGUGUGUGUGUGUGUGUGUGUGUAUAUACAAUAAUAAGGUUCAUCCUCUCUCGCAUCGGGCAUCGAAUUUCCAUAUACAUAUAUAUGUAUAUAUAAAUACGAUAAAACACCGUUUAAAAAGGAACAACAAUCGCGAUAGAGCAAAAUCAAAUUGAUCGAGAUACGACAAAAAUUCAGAUAUCUUACAUCGAUAGCGGCUAAGAGGAUAAUUUUAAAUACGCGAGUACUUUUGACGCGAUACUUUUACGUUUACGAAAACAAGUUCGACGAGCUAGCUGAAAACACUUUCGAGUAGUACACCUAUCUACAAUAUGUACCCACGCAAAUGUCUCUUGUCUAUCUUUUUUUCCUUUCCUUCUUUCUUUCCUUCUUUAUUUCUUUCUUUUUCCGUCUUGUACGCGUCAAAUAUAGAAAAUAUGAUAUAUCGAUUGACUCUGUAACAUCGUACGUAUUAGUAAAUUCUGUAUCAUUUGACAUAAUAAUUUCGUUUCAUUCGUUUCUCUCUUAUCUUUCUUCUUUCCUUUCUUAUUUAUUUGUCGCCCCCCGCCCUCCCCUCAAAGGAAGACCGUCGAAUCGAAUUUUCGUAGCUCUACGAUCGCUGUGAAAAUGAUCAAAUAUAGUACAUACUUGUAGAUAUAUAUGUAUGUAUUUUAUGUCUGACGAUUAGAUUACGAAUGUUUAGAGAUAUGCCUAUUUAAUUAUAUACAAAUGAUGAUAGCGAGGAGAAAUUGGUGACAUAUUAUGUCGAAAAUAAAAAUACGCUGUCACAUAUGCACGACAUAUGUGGUAUAUUCGUGCAAAUGUCCGUCAAACGAAAUAUGCAAAACAUAUCUACGCAAAAUAAUGGAGACAUAAUAUGCAAAAUAAAAGUGACAUUUCAAUAUA